AUGCGAUACAAGAUGGAAAAAGGAUCUUCAAUCACGAGCAGUGCAAGGGUUGAAGUUUUGAAGCCUACCACAUUUAUCCCCAGAAACGAUGCAGAAGCGAUACUCCUUGAAUGUUCUGAAAUAGCACGCUCAGCUGCAGUGGCAGCGCCAGGGGCCCAUCUUCCCAUAUUCAAACGAAGCGAACUGUAUCUUUACCACCAAAUGGGCCGUGCCAGAUAUCGACGUCAGGAUCUGAAAGACUUUGCUAAGAAAUGGGAGGACAUAGCAAGCAAUUGGAUACCAGUAAAACGAGCAUUUCGUAGAUUUAGAACAGCUCGUCAACUUGUUAAGACAUGGUCUCAAAUAUGCGAGCGCAAGGAAAUUCGAUUGCAGUACUUAGUAAAGGAGGCCGAUAUGCUACAUCAGCAAUGGAUUGAGGAUAUUGACGCGCUUAGUAUCAUGCAUGAGCUAAAGGACAUCGAGAGGGCUGCAGUAGCGACACUCACUGAGAAGAUGUAUGAUUUCAGAACUCAAAUUGACUGGGGCUGUCCAUGUCCCAAUCCAGACCACCCACACUUAGAGGGAGAGUUGUGGCAGCAGACCCUUCAUAGUUAG